AUGAAAUGUCUUGACGAUGAAAUGAAUUUAGCCGAUGAAAUAUACGAAGAUAAGAAUCAUUAUGAAGAAGAAUUAGAUCAUUAUGAAAAAGAUAUUGAAUUGUUAAUUAAAUUAGAACAUGAAAAAGUCAUCAUUAUCAUCGAUUUCUAUGAAGAUGAAUUAUUAAGAUGUUGUGAAUUAGAACAUGAAAAUGUUUUGUUAGAAGAAGGAGACGAAGAUGAUGAAAAUGAUUUCAUUAAAUCAGCCGAUUCACUCCAGGUUAAAAGUGUUGUUUAUAAGCCUGGUGAUGAAAUAAUUAGAAAAAUCAUACAAAAUGAGUUGUUAGAAAAUAUGGAAGAUUUAAUGAAUUUCAAAACUCCUGUCAAUUUUGGGAAAUGA